UCACAUAAAGUAUGGUAAAGUGAAAACGGUAACGGGAGACUGUCGCAGCAUUUAAAUGAACUGAAUGCGCACAUGAGUCAAAGCGGAGUACGGUUUUGGGUAUAAAUAUGCUCCACCAAGAGCAGUUGGACAUCAAACAGUUUCUAGCCUUCCAAAGAAGCAAAUCAAAGAAAUAUAGCCACCAUGUUCAAAUACGCCGUUGUCAUCCUGGCCAUCGUUGCCUGCGUUGCUGCCAAGCCGGGACUCCUGGGUGCUCCUCUGGCCUACACUGCUCCCCUGGCCUACUCUGCUCCCCUGGCCUACUCUGCUCCCCUGGCCUACUCUGCUCCCGCUGCAGUGGUCGCUGCUCCUGCUCCAGUCGUGACCGCCACCAGCAGCCAGGUGAUCGCCAGGAACUACAAUGGAAUCGCCGCUGCUCCAGUGAUUGCUCCCGUGGCUGCUCCAGUGGUCGCCAAGUACGCAGCUGCUCCUCUGGCUUAUUCCUCCCCUUUGGCCUACACUUCUUCGCUGGCCUAUAGUGCGUUUCCGGCUGCCGCUCCAGUUCUGCUGUAAGAAC